CUCAUCUACACCAUCUUUCUCUAACAAAUCUAUUAAAUAUACUAAUAACCAUUUCUACAGUACACUAUGGGAUCUAAAAGUGAUCAAGUAUCAUUGAAGCGGAUCCAUGUGGGGAACAUAUCUCCUAAGUUGGCGGAAAAACCCGAAUCUUUAACCUCAAGAUUUGAAAAAUUCGGUAAGAUAACUAUCCCAUUAGAAUUACAUACUAAACCAAUAACUAGUCAUUACUUUGGAUUUAUGAGUUUAGAGAUAACUAAUAAGAAUUGGGAUGCAUUAAAACGUUCAUUAAAUGGGAUUCAAUUCAUGGGAUUAAAACUUUCUAUAGAAGAAGCUAAGAAAUCAUCAUUUCAAGAUGAAUGGAAGAAAGAUGUUAAUAGACCAGAUACUAAGAAGGAAGAUAGAUUAAAGCAAGCUAAUAUAUAUAGAGCACGACAAAUUAGAAUUUUAGAAUCUCAUACACCUUAUUCUAUAAAUCCUAUUACCAAUACUUUUGUUCAAAAUUCUUCAUCAAUAUCAUCAUCAUCAGGUUAUAUGAAAUCGGCUCAUACUUAUAAUAAUGCAUCUGCAAAUACAAAAAAUAAACCUCCAUCUCAUUCAUUAGUUGGACAAAAUUCAUAUUCAUCAUGGUCAACCCCUUCUAAAACUCUUUAUUCAAGAUAUUCUAAUAUCUCCGGAAAUGCAGAAAUUAUUAAAGGUAGACAUAGAAUAACUAAAAGACCUCAUACAGUAUUUCUUAAGAAAUUACAAACUAUGAGAUUAUUAAUUAAUGGAGAAUUAAAACAAAUAAAAAGUUAUAAGACAAAAUUAUGGGGUAUAGAAAAAUCCAAAACUUUAAAUGAUCUUACCUGGAAAUUUAGUAAUGGAUAUUGGAAAAGUGGUGAUGAACAUAUUCUUGAAAAAUUAAAACCUCCUCCUUGUGGUAUAUCAGGAGUUGAAGCUAUGAAUUAUGGGAAAUUAGGUGAUGAUAAUAAUGAAGAUAUUGUUAAUAAUGAUGGUAAUGAAAUUGAUAUAACUCAAGAAAAUUUGAAGAACAAAUCGGUAUUGGCAUCAUUGUUUGAUCAUUUUGAUUUUGAAAAACCCGUUGAAGUAGAAGAAGAUACUCUUGGAAUCGAUAAAGAAGAUAUCUUAUAUGAUAGUAAAGGUAGGAGAAAAGUUAGAAGAUAUGAUUAUGAAUUGGAAGGGGGUGAUAAUGAUGAUAAUGAAUCAGAAUCAGAUUAUAAUUUUGAUGUAUCUAAUGUAGAUGAUAUUAUCCAAAGCUAUACUGCCAAUCAUGAAAUGCCUCAACAAGAAGUGUAUUACUCUGAAGAUGAUGAAGGUAAUGAUCUUGAUUUGGAUAUGUUAGGACAACAGUAUACUACCGAGGCUAUUAAUCAGAAGUAUAAUGAUGAGCAUGUUUUGGAAGAUCAACCGUCAGAAGAACAACAACAACAACAACAACAACAACAACAACAAGAAGAAGAAGAAGAAGAACAAGAAGAACAGCAUGAACAAAAAGAAGAAGAAGAAUCAUCAGAAGAUGAAUUCAUACCUACAUUCGGAUCAAAGCCCACCAAAGUAAAUGAUACAGAAACAUUAAGAUCGCUUUUCAAUCCAUCUACAUCUGAUAAGAUCGAAGUAUCUAAUGAAGAUGAAAAUUCCAAUGGAUUUAAGUUGGCACUUUCUGUAGAUGAUGAUGAUAUAGAUGAAACUAAAGCUAUUGAUACUACAUCUCAACAAGAGUUGUUAGAACAGAUCAAAGCUAAACAGGAAGAGCAAUUACAACAACAAAUUCAGCAAUCGUCCAGAACUGUUGGAUUAUUUUGGGGUCAUUUUGAAUCUCCAUUUUUACAAUCACAAUCACAAUUAAGUAAGAUUGGAAAUGCAAAUGAUCACAUUAAGUUGCCAGGAGAAAAUUUAACUGAAGUAAUCAAUAUCAAUGGAGAUAACGUUGGACACGAAAAUAACCAGGACGGAGAAGAAUCCGCAUACGAGAAAUGGUUCUGGAAUAUGAGAGGAGAGUUAUCACGAGAAUGUAAAAGACGUAGAAGAGAUGUUCUUCGGGUAUUUCGAAAGAAAUCCAAAAAGGUAGGCAUAUAGUUGAUAGGUAGAUGGAUAAGCUCUUGUUAACUUUGUUAAUACUCAGGGGCAUAAUGCUGAUUACGGUUGUUAGGUAACAAUCACGAAUCACUUUGUAUCCUGGAAUUUAGCAAUUUCAACUUAUGUAAUCUUAAUAAAAACACUAAUACCUCUUUGUAAUCUUUGUAAAUUUCGAUUUCUGCCAGUGAUUGUUUUAUUUCAUAGGGAUUUGAGUAUAUCUUUCUAAUUCAUGCUGAGCUUUUGAUAGUCCUCCACUCCUUGUCCAUGAGCUUGAAAUAUAUCAUUUUGUGGUUGUUCAAGAUUAUGGAACAAGCUACGAAUAACUACAUAAAAUUUAAUAAUAGACUUUAGUGUAUGAAACAUAUUCCGUAC